AUGGGAGUAGAGAACUAUCACGUGAUAGAGCUAGUUGGUGAAGGCUCGUUUGGGAAAGUUUACAAAGGAAGGCGCAAGUACACAGGCCAGACCGUUGCAAUGAAAUUUAUUAUGAAAAAUGGGAAAAGCGACAAGGAUAUUCAUAAUUUGAGACAGGAAAUUGAGAUUCUAAAAAGGCUGAAGCAUGAAAAUAUUAUUGAAAUGCUUGAUUCCUUUGAGAGCCCACAAGAGUUCUGUGUUGUCACGGAAUUUGCACAGGGUGAACUAUUUGAGAUACUAGAGGAUGAUAAGUCCCUUCCUGAAGAACAGGUUCAAGCAAUUGCAAAACAGCUGGUGAGAGCACUUCAUUAUUUGCAUUCCAAUCGUAUCAUCCAUCGGGACAUGAAGCCGCAAAACAUACUUAUUGGUGCUGGGUCAGUUGUCAAGCUUUGUGAUUUUGGGUUUGCACGUGCGAUGUCAUCAAAUACUGUGGUUUUGCGAUCCAUAAAAGGUACACCACUAUACAUGGCUCCAGAACUGGUACGGGAGCAACCAUACAAUCACAGUGCUGAUUUGUGGUCCCUUGGAGUUAUCCUCUACGAAUUAUUUGUUGGCCAGCCUCCAUUUUAUACAAAUUCAGUUUAUGCACUCAUCCGGCAUAUUGUUAAGGAUCCAGUAAAAUAUCCUGAUGACAUGAGUCCGGGUUUCAAAAGCUUUCUUAAGGGAUUGCUCAAUAAGGUACCUCAAAAUCGAUUGACUUGGCCUGCACUUCUUGAACACCCAUUUGUUAAAGAAACCUCAGAUGAGCUGGACACUAGGUUUCACAGUGGUGCUGAUUUGAAUUUUCCCAAUGCAGCCACAGGCAACUCUUCACCGCAGGAGGAGUUCCCUGGCUUUGCAAGUCGUAAUGGUGUUAAACAUUCAGGUAAUCAGAUAUUGGAUGAAUUGGAAAGCAAUUCACUUACUGUUAAAGGUGCACAAAUGAUUGGUCAGGAUGAUGAAGCAUUGAUGAUCAUUUUACUACCACUGAAAAAAUGGUCAAAAGAAUCUCUGCAUUCUUGGAGGGAUCAGGAUGUUUGUAUUUCAAAGCAGUCGUUGAGAAUUAUUUCAAACUUAGCUGCAGCUGGUGCAGCUGGUGGCCUAGUUAAUGAAAUACUUUGUGAACUUCUUAAUUUCACUGCCAUUGUAAUCAGCUUGAAAUCCUCUGAACUUGGUGACUUAAUAGCAAAGAGUUUCUCUAUAAUAAAAAUUUUGUUAGACAAUAUUGGGAGUGCCAUUUCAAGUUCAUAUUUCAAGCACUGGGUUGCCUUAACUGAAAUGUUUUCACAGGUUGUUGGUGGGUAUGAAGACACCUCGGGAAGUGUUCUGUUUGAGUCCAGCGCUUGCAUCACAUCCACGUUAUCUAUUGUAGAUUGUGGUCUUAAAGCAGCUUUGCUGACUUCAGUGUCUGAGGCAGCUCCUACCACUGUUGUGCAUGAAGCGAUGAAGCAGAUUUUGGAUCAUGCUAAAACAUGUGGAUUAGUUGAGCAUUUAUCUCUUUGCUUAGCAACAUCAGGCUCUAGUCUAGCUUCAGGUUCUUUGAACAUGUUGCGUGCUGCCUGUGAAGCCAGCCAGGCUAUGUGGUUAUUGAUUGAUGCAGUGGAAACUUUUUACAUGAAAGAGAAUCUCUAUUUGUUUCCGUUAGAUUCUUUGCAGAGACAUUCUUUACUCCAUCUUGACAUUCAGGAACAAGGUUCAUUGGUUGGAACAGAUUCAGCAAGAAUCAUAGAUGCAGUGACGAGAGCAUUUCUGAGAUCAAAAGCUGUGCAGGUGGCAAUUUUCUAUUGCCUUAAGCAACGUCUAGAGCCUUCCCUCUCUGCUAGUAUUAAGAUCUUGUCAAGGUGUUGUCUACAUAAUGCGAUGGUUCCUGGAGUUCUUUGUGGCUUGCCUAAUUCUCUUCCUGUAACAACUGUCGUCAGUGGUGGAGGAGACAGAACUAUUCUUUCGGAAAUAUUCUCCAUUUUAUCUUGGUGUGCUUCAUCUAGUAAAGACCCUGAAACAAUUAACUUAAAGAGUAAAUUAGCGACUUCUUCCACAGUGGUCUUAAAUUCGUGCCUUCUCCUUGCAAUCGUUGCUCAAUGUUUGAAGUCAACAGGAAGAAAUUCAGCCUUGUUUAUGCUCACAACUUCUCCAAAGAAUCAGCUGUCCCGGCUUUCUAUUAUUGGCCAUCAGUUUUCUCCUGAUGACAAAAUGAAAACUUCAUUGCAACCUCAUUGUGCAUCGGCCAUGCUGGCUUUCGCAUCGAUUCUAUCCCUUGAAAGUGGAGCAUCUGUCGAGUCUUCUGUCUCAGAAAUUGCAGUGCCUUUGAUUCCUCGAAGUGCUACGCUUUGUGAACACCUCAAGAUUUCACCAGUUGGCGAAAGUGAUGUAGUUCCUAACAACAGAAAUGUUCUCUCAUAUUGGCAUGGCCUUAGGGAUGGUUGUGUGGGUUUGUUGGAAUCCAGAUUGAAAUGGGGAGGUCCAUUAGCUGUAAAACAGUCAUGUGCAAGUGGCAUCCCUCUGCUUCUUACUGAUUUGUUAAGCAACAACCAUUCAAUUGCCUCUCAUCAAGGAAUUGAUUGUGCAAAGUAUCAAGUUGGGAUAUCCCCAAUUGGAGUUGUAUGGGGAGUUUCUUCAAUAUGUCACUGCCUUUCAGGUGGAGCCCUGAUCUUUCGUCAGAUUUUAGUCAGGAGUGAACAUGUCAAAAGUAUCUCUGAAUUGAUCUCAGAUAUGCAUCUCAAGCUUGUAAAGAGUUGGAGUGGGCCAGGUGGAGGCAAGGAUGGAGUCAGAGAUACUGUAAAUGCUGUUAUAGAUCUCUUAGCUUUUCCUUUUGUUGCUGUACAGAAUGCUCCGGGCUUGCCAUCUGCAACUGCUUCUGUAAAUAGCGGGUUCCUUCUCAACAUGGGUUCUCCUGGGGGUAAAAUAUGUGUAGAAGACAAGGACAUGGUCAAAGCAAUUGAGGAAGACAUGGGAAAGUAUCUAAAAAUCCUUGUGGAGGUGGGAGUGCCUAGCAUCAUACUUCGCUGCUUGGAAUAUAUGGAGUUAAAAGAUUUGGGAAGGCCAGUUGCAUUUCUUGCCAAAAUGAUAGGCCACAGACCUAUUGCUAUCCAAUUAGUGGGCAAAGGCUUGUUAGAUCCAAACAGAGUGAAAAGAUUGCUUGAUAGCUCGAGUCCAAGAGAGGUCAAGCUGGAUGUUUUGAUGAUUGUUUCUGAUCUAGCACGCAUGAAUGAGGGUUUCUAUGAACAUAUUAAUGGGGCUUCUAUAUUGGAAUUCUUGAAGAAGUUUCUCACACAUGAAGAUCCCAAUAUGCGUGCAAAAGCCUGCAGUGCUCUAGGCAACAUGUGUCGGCACAGCUCCUACUUCUAUGGAUUAUUAGCAAGAUAUCAAAUCAUAAGUCUUCUCAUUGAUCGAUGUGCUGAUGCAGACAAACGCACAAGGAAAUUUGCAUGUUUUGCUAUUGGAAAUGCUGCCUACCAUAAUGACAUGCUGUAUGACGAGCUAAGAAGAUCUAUACCUGAACUGGCAAAUUUGCUGUGCCCAGCAGAGGAGGACAAGACUAAAGCAAAUGCUGCUGGUGCUUUAAGUAAUCUUGUUCGAAACUCCAGCAAACUUUGUGAUGACAUUGUGUCUAAAGGCGCCAUGCAGGCUUUACUAAAGUUGGUAGCUGACUGUUCAGGAGUAGCCCUAAACCCUGCUAGGAAAGAUGCUGUAAAUGAAUCACCAUUAAAGAUAGCUCUCUUUUCAUUGGCAAAGAUGUGCGCCCAUCUGCCCUGCAGACAGUUCCUACGUUCAUCUGAGUUCUUUGCGGUGAUUGGACGACUUCGGCAAUCCCCAGAAGCAACAAUUGCCAAUUAUGCCACUAUUAUCAUUAGGAAAGUUGCUGAUGGUUGA